AUGUUACCUUGCUAUAGAUUUCAACAACCAUUCAUGCCAAUAUAUCCAUGCAAUUAUUCCAUUUGUCAACAAUAUCAACAACAACUACCAUUUAUGCAACUUUAUCCAUAUCAACCACAUUUUUACAACUUACCAAACCAACACAUUGGAUCAACGGAGCAACAUCUUCAGUUAACUAAUAUUCCACUAACAUCAUUUACACAAAAUGUCACAAAUGAUAUAAAUACAAAUAAUUAUCUGAAGUUGUUAACAAAAAUAAAAUUGUUGAAUUCAAAAAUUUCAGGUAGAAAAAUACCAAUAAUUGAUGACUUUGUGUUUCAUAGAACUGGACGUUCUUUUUUAAAUUACAAGUUUAAAGAUAUUCAUUGUGAUGUAUCAAUUAAAAUAGUUGAAUUCGAUGGUCCAAUUAAUAAUAUUACAACUUUUAAAUCUUACAUUUUCACUUCAUACAAUCAAAUACAUUCACACCAAUCUCACGAUGCAGAAGCAAAAAACGAAGCAAAAGAAAGAUUAAUUGAAACUGCUUCACUAAUUGAAAAGCGGUUUGUUUCAAGUUCAAAAGCACUUGAAGAUAAAGAUUUUUCUAUGUACAGUAAAAGAGAAAGUACAACUUUAAGGGAAUUUAGAAGAUUAAGACAAAAAAUGUUUACCAAUUGUGACUUUAAAUCACACCCAUUAUACAAUGAUUAUUUAAUUAAGGAAGAUCCAGAUUUUGCUGUAUUUGUAAAUAAAAAUAAAGUUAACAAAAUUAAUGAUUUUGAAUUGUUGUUCAUGGAUGGUACAUUUAGCACUGCACCCAAAAUUUUUUAUCAAAUGUACACUAUAAACUGUAUGUUGAAAAAUGGAGAACAUUUUACUUUGGUUCAUGCUUUACUCGUUGGAAAAACAGAAUCAUUAUUCAAAAAAUGUUUAAUUGUAUUAAUGAUUACUGGAAAAAUAACAAUGGGUAUGUUUUAUUCAAAAAUGGCAGUUCAAAAUGCACUUGAAUACUUUGGCUGUAUAACAAAGGGGUGCUAUUUUCACUUGUGUCAAUCUCUUUGGAGAAAAGUCAACACUUUGGGACUUUCGAGCCGUUUUAAAGAAGAUCAACAAUUUUAUAAUAUUGUUAAAUCUCUUAUGUGUUUGGCUUUUUUGCCAGUUGAAGAUGUUAGUGGCGUUUUCGAGAACAUGAAAAAAGAUUGCACAGAUUUGGAGUUACUCAAAGUUUACAACUAUUACGAACAAACUUGGCUUGGGAAUGUUUUUCCAAAAGAAAUGUGGAACCAAUAUUGUUGUAAAACAAGAACAAACAAUAUAUGUGAAAGUUUUCACUCUGUAUUUGCAAAACGAUUAGAACACAAACAUCCAAGUGAAGUUGAAUGGCUUGAUAAAAUUAUUAAAAUAGAAACAAAAGAAAAUGAACAAUUUAAAAACAUGCUUGAUGGAGUGUUUAAAAGAAAAAGAUCACAAAAUGUAUCAAGAAAUACACUUAUAGAAAAUUUAACAUAUAACUUUACCAACAAAUUAAUUACAACUCAACAAUUUAUAUCGAAACUUUGCAACAUUAAUUACUUGUUGAGAUCUUCUUAUUUUGAAAUGGUUCCCCAAAACGAAAACAAGAUUAAUGAAUUAAUAAAAACACCAAUUACACAACCAACGGAAUUGGACGUUGAAAAAGACAAUCGUGUUUGUAUUGACAAUGAAAAAAUAAAACAUGUGAUCGAAGAUGUUACAAAUAUAGACAUUAAAAAUUGUGAAGUCAUGGAUUGUUGCAAUGAAUCAAUGAUACCAUUAGUUUUAAAAACAA